AUGUCUUCCAAUAUUAAGCCCGAGUACUCUACUCCUAUGUUCGAUUACCGAUCAUACGAGGUGAAGGCAGAGAAUGUAGAUGAACUGGUUGCCAGAAUCACCAAAGCUUUGGUAGAACUCGAGGACAAAGAAGGUAUUCACAAGUAUACUAUUGAGGAUGGAAGGGUCAUAGAUAGUACUAGCUGGAACUUCUGGGAAUGGCAACAGGCAAUCGGACUGUAUGGCCUAUUCAACUACUACAACCUGAAGAUUUCACAAGACCCUUCGUCGCCCGAAGGUGCUAAGAUCUUGAAGAUCCUCAAAGAUUGGUAUACUGCUAGAGCGGAAGAAGGCGGAACCACCAAGAACAUCAACAGUAUGGCUGUUCUGCUGACUCUCGCAUCGCUGAUGGAAGUGGAAUAUGAGCGCGGGGGAAUCUUUACCCCUAAAGAAAAGAAACUAUAUGAAGGAUGGAUAGACGAAUGGGCCGAAUGGGCUUAUCACGAUUGCCCCAGGACUGAACAGGGUAUAUUCCAGCACAUCACUUUCCGACUGGAAAAUAAGAACCAAGUUUGGGACGAUACGCUUAUGAUGACAGUUCUGCCAUUAGCGAAGAUAGGGAAGCUUUUGAACCGACCACAGUAUAUAGAAGAGGCCAAAUAUCAAUUUAUUCAACACGCACAGUACUUGAUGGAUGCGACUACAGGCUUAUGGAACCAUGGGUUCGAAUUCGACGGUCAAGGAGGAGGUCACGAAUGGGGCCAUAUAGCUUGGGCGCGAGGUAAUUGCUGGAUCACCAUCGCAAUUCCUAUAUUCCUCGACAUAAUAGAACUUUCGCCAUCCGACUCAGUCUACAGAGUUCUGAAAUCAGUCCUGCAACGACAAUUGGAUGCUCUCGUCAAGCUACAAGAUGAUGAGACCGGACUGUGGAGAACGUUGCCGCUUGACGAGACGAGCUACGUCGAGACCAGUGCCAGUGCCGGUUUUGUGGCUGGUAUCUUUAUAGGUGUUCGGACUGGAUUGUUGGAAGAGGCCAAAUACUUACCCACCGCCGUGUCCGGACUCAAGGCUUGCAUCGCUCAAGUCAAACCAAAUGGUGAAGUCCAGAACGUAUCAAAAGGCACGCCAAUCAGCGACGAUCCUGACUUUUAUAAGGACAUGAUCAAGAUGACUGUCGGUUUCGGUCAAGCUCUCCCGAUUAUGGCUUUGGGCGAAUGGUUAAGAUAUGAGAAGGCAAAAAGCAAGAAAGCAUAA